UUUCGUUUCAAGUCACCAUUGCAACACAGCUGAGUCUCAAAUUCAUAACUUGUCAAACACUUACCUACCGUUCCACAAAAUUACUCGUUGAAGAUGUUAUUGGGGCGUUUUUAUUUUUAAAAUCCUGAACUGUGGACAAGCUAAAGCGCGGAAUAACGUUCAAAAAGGGGGAUAAAAAAGAAGAGAGCCGUGAUAAAGAAGAAGAAGAGAAACUAAGGCGAAAAAGGAAAGGACACAAAAAUCCAAAAGUGGGCUGAGAGUUAGUGAGAGGACAAAGGACCACCCCCGAUUCGCCGGGGAUUAUGAUCUGAUCCGGAUUAUGUUUUAAAAAGUAGAUUAUGCUCGUUUGCCGGAAGCCGGGUGAGAAAACGCGUCGGUUGAUAACGCGAAGCGGCCCGAGCCGAGGGUAAGAAGCAUUCCCCUCCUGGCUCCUCAUCGACGCAGACACCCAGAUCGAAAGGAUCUUCCAAAAUUGGCCUUUACCAGCGGAUGGAAAGUUCGAACUCGGUCGGAAAUAACAUGUCAAGGCUGUCUCCUUCUGAGAGGAGAUUGCAAAAAGAGUUGAUGUCAUUGAUUAAGGAGCCGCCACCAGGUGUUGUUGUAGACAGCGAUCAAGGAGAAAAUCUAAGCUUAUGGACUAUAAACAUGACAGGUGCCGAGGGCACGCUAUACGAAGGUGAGCGUUUCACGUUGCAGUUUAAGUUCUCACCCAAGUACCCAUUUGAUUCACCAGAGGUGACAUUCAUUGGGCCCAACAUCCCAGUCCACCCGCACGUCUACAGCAACGGUCACAUAUGCCUUUCGAUCCUCACCGACGACUGGUCACCGGCCCUGUCCGUGCAGACAGUCUGUCUGAGCAUAGUCAGCAUGCUGAGUAGUUGUAAAGAAAAGAAGAGGCCUCCUGACAAUUCAUUUUAUGUCAAGACUUGCAACAAAAAUCCGAAGAAGACAAAGUGGUGGUAUCAUGAUGAUACAGUCUGAUGUGACCGCAUGAUCUUCAAUCCACGAAGUCACUCCCAUCAGCUUCUCUCUUCUUUUUUUGUUUUUAAUUAUUUUUCUUUUUUAAUUCUUAUUCAAAGAGCGUUUUCUUUUUCUCCCCCACCCUAACUCCCCGUUAAUGAAUUCCGUUUUAUUUUGUUUUUCUUUCUAUGUCAUAGAAAAAAAUAAAAUAUAAAAUAGAAGCGCAGCUCAAAAAAAUAAAAUAAAAAACCCACGAUAGUUAGAAAAAUAAUAAUAAUAAUAAUAAAAAAAAGGUGUGCCCUCUCCAUGGAGGCAGCAAACGAACAGGCAUGGCGAGUGUUGACAGCGAGCGAAAUAAAUUAUUAAAAAAAAAUUAAAACUAUUUUAAUUU